UUCCAGCCAAUGAAAAUGGGAGAAAGUGGUGUGUUCCAGCCAAUGAGAAGUUAGCCCGGAACUCUCCUUACGCCUCUCAUAUUACAGCAGCAAGCAUGGGGAAGACUGGAACACCGGGUGGAAAGAUCAACAGACCCAAAACAGAGCUGGGCAAGAAGCUCUAUAAGCGGCGGAGGAAUCUGACCCGUGAGAAGAGGAGGAAACACAUCAAGGUGGGAGCUGUGGUGGACGAAGGACUCACCACCAUCCACCAUCUCAGGAAGAGAAACUCCAGCCCCAGAGCCAACAUCACUCUGUCUGGGAAGAAGAAACGCAAGCUGCUCAAACAGCUGCAACACAUGCAAGCAGAGAAGGCCGCUAUGGAAGUUGAGGCAGCAACAAACAAGAUGAAGGCGGUGGCAGCAUCAAAGAAGACAGCAGCACCAAAGGCAGCAGCAGCACCAGCGGCAGCCAGACACCAGAAAGGGGGUGUGUCCCAGGGGGAUGUGGACAUGGCAGAUAUGGAAUGAGAAGAAGAUGAGAGACUGUUCUGUUGGCCCCAUGCCAGGGCCAGACCAGGCUCCAUAUUCAGACCGGGCCCCAUAUUCAGACCGGGCCCCAUAUUCAGACCGGGCUCCAUAUUCAGACCGGGCCCCAUAUUCAGACCGGGCCCCAUAUUCAGACCGGGCCCCAUAUUCAGACCGGGCUCCAUAUUCAGACCGGGCCCCAUAUUCAGACCGGGCCCCAUAUUCAGACCGGGCCCCAUAUUCAGACCGGGCCCCAUAUUCAG